GGAUUCCGUCGUGUAUACAAAUUUCUUGUGCAAAUACCAACCCACGUGGUGUGUUUACCCAAAAAUCAAUGAGACGACAUUCUUGACGAUACUCCUUUCUUCGGUGUCGUGUUUCAGGCAUGCGGAUUAAGUUUUGUAUUUUGGUGUAUGUAUUCGUUUUAUGUCUGUGUGGUUGAUGAAUGUGCUUUGCUUUGAAUUUCUGGACGAAGUUGAUGAUUGGUGAUGUUCCUCAUAACAACGACUACAGAAAAACAUGGACGCAAACGAAGAUAUCUCAUUUUCACUUCGGGCACUCAGUGGGGUGUGUUUGCAACGGUGUCAGUACCCCUGCAUCCAGAGACCACGGUGAGCGUCGCGUGGUUCUUCGAAGCGAACUACUUUACCGUCGACAACUCAACUUAUUACGAACCGUUCUUGGGCGAUAUUUCAACUUUAUCGAGAAGCAAAUACAAGAGGAGUAUAAACAAAUCGAAGAAUGAUUUUACUAGAAGCUUUUUAUAUACGUUUGUUGAGACCAUGUUACAACAGCACGGGCGAGGCGGCCGAGCUUGCUUACUAAGGUCUAUCUGCGAAAACGCCUCGUCACAACUCCUACACAACGGCUUACUGGGAGAUUUACUUCAUCUACUACUAACGCCUUCGACUUCAAUGUCUGAAGACACCCUGGACGAUAUUUAUUACGAGGCCGAGUAUCUUGGCCUGGAGGGCGAGUGUGACCGGUACAAUGAUGCGUGUCCCACCAAUCCUGUGGAUUCGAUAUCCGUGUUUCUAGAGAAAUUGGACUGAACUAUGGAGAUAAAUAAAAACAAAAG